AUGCCAGCAGCAACAAUCAUUACUCCUGAUAACCCAAUUUCAUCCGCUAGUAUUAAAAUCGUUCGAUUUUAUUACAUCUGUGUUGGAUGUAUCUUAACUGGCAUAGCGACAUUUAUUACAGGAAUUAUCGGGGCAGCCGUAAAUUACGGUAAUUUUGCUGCAAGUGCUGGAACCGGAAUAUGGACCUCAAUCUUUGUCAUUGCAGCCGGCGGUUUAGGCAUUUUAAUUAAGUCUUAUUCCAGAAAUGAUGUUUUAGCCACACGAAAUAAUAUUCAAGCAAUCUCAACCCAACAAUCAAUGCUAGAGCUACUUCAGCAAACGAAUCAACAAGCGACAGCUAUACCACCUAGUUACUCAAAUGAACCUCCUCCAAGUUAUGCUUCAAGUGUUACAAUGCAAAAUCAUAACUCGAAUGUUUUUCAUCCAAAUUCAGCAUUUAAAACGACAACUGUUGGGAGCCAAAACAUACAGCUACCGAAUAUUCCUCAAACUCAACCACCACCGUAUUAA